CUGUCACAACCAGUGCUAUAAAGGCGGGUGUAUCUACCACGAAAUCGCUGUCACUGCAAUCCAGCCCAUCAUCACAAACCACAACAAUCACCCAUCUUAACCCCUCUUCCGUCCCUUGAAUCAGCACAAUGAAGACCCUCGCAGCAGCAGCCACCUUCCUGGCCACGGCCCUGGCCCAGAACGCCGCCAUCGGCCUCCCCAAGGCCGGCCAGACCGUCCAGCCAGGCCAGAGCCUUACCGUCCAGGUCCAGCGCCCUAACACCAUCACCGGCUCCCAAGAAAUGGCCGUCGCCAUCGGCUUCCAGUCCUGUGCCAGCGGCAGCUGCUACGCGGCCGACGAAUACAUGGGCACCAUCCUCUACAACGGCGCCUUCAGCCCCGUCUACCACGAAUACUACCUGCCGCCGUAUGAGAACUUCACCGUCACGGUGCCCGCGUCGGCGGCGGCCGGCCAGGCGGUCAUCGGGGUGGCGCAUGCUACUUUGGUUGGGGCAUCCGCGGCUCCGUACUUGGAAGUUCUGAACCAGACGGUUACUGUUGCUUAGAUUGAGGGUGGUUUUCGGGUGCGUGUCUAUACUAUUUGGUGGGUGGUAGUUUAAUUUA